GUAGUCUCGUGAGUAACCACCCAUGUGAUGAAAUGGAAUAGCCGUUUAGUUCAAAGGUCAACAACUUGUUGGAUCAGAGAAAAAUCUACUUCCGGUAGAUGCAAUGGCGCUCUCUUAUGUUGAUAAGGAAAGUUAAUGAAUGACAGCAGUUUUUGGCUAUGUAAACUAACCACCGUCUGGUCGAUAAGUCAUGGCAGAGCCAACUGUGGGAGACUAUAUCGUGCUAGGGAAACUGGGGAGUGGUGCUUUCGGCACGGUAUUCCAGGGCCGUCACCGAUGGCAGGGGUCGAGCGUGGCGCUGAAAAGGCUCAACUUCCAGAACUCAGAACAAAUUGAGACCGCCAGACGAGAACUUCAACCGCUGCUAGCUCUCAAAAGUACUCCUCACUUCAACGUGGUCAUGUUCUGGGAGUCCUUUGUGUACCAGGGGAGCCUGUGGCUGGUGCUCGAGUACUGUGACCUUGGUACGCUAAACGAUUUCAUUCUAGCAACCCCUCAUAGCGCCGAACUGAACCUUCGCCUGAUGACCAACAUCACUGCCGCCGUGACCUUCCUACAUGACCGAGAGGUCGUUCACCGCGACCUGAAACCAGAAAACAUCCUCCUGUCCGGCACUGAAGAAAACCCGGUGGCGAAAGUUGGCGAUUUUGGACUCGCUAAAGUGUGCGGCGACGCCUUUCCAAACAUCUACACCGAUUACUACAUGUCUGACGCAUGUGGGACUUAUGUUUUCGUGGCUCCGGAGGUGAUGGAGGGACACUACACCAAGAAGUGUGACAUCUUUUCCAUGGGGGUCAUCUUCGCGGCCAUGGUCACCCGGUCAACUAGAAAGGACGAAGAGGGUUCGGACAUGCUCGUUGUGUUUGUGACCAAAAACGACAUAGAUAUCACAAUAGGAGAGGCGCUGCAACGGCAUCCCGACAGGGAGGAAGAAAUAUCGCAGUGUCUCGCGGAAGCUAUGUUAGAGAACUCUGACAACGGGGCCUUAGUAGAUGUCUGUCUUCGAUUGAUACGUCGUGACUACCACGCGCGACCUCCAGCAUCCGAAGUGCACGAGGAGUUGAAGCAAUUACAACGUGGUGCCGGUAGCCAAGACCAUUUCGGACGUCGACGAGACCCGCCAUUCCUCAGAGCUCUACAAGCACAACCGAGUCCUCAAUCAAACUCGUACCCGGCAAAUCCGCCAUUCCAGAGGGCGGAAAGACUUCAAAUUCAAAUUCACCGAGGAAGACAUGGAAGAAAUCCGAUAUUUCGAAGAGCCAUUCGUGGACAGAGAAGAGGGAGACAAGCAAGAGGAAGAGGCGCAGGUCCCGUUCUAAGAAACCGAUCGCCUCUCCUCAGAGUCAGAGGUGACACAACUCAAGAAAGGCCCGAAGCAACUAACGGAGAGAAUAGAGGCGCAGGUCCCGUUCUAAGAAAUCGAUCGCCUCUUUUUAGAGGCGACACAAGUCAAGAAAGACCCGAAGCAACUACCGGGCAGUACAGAGGCGCCUUGGGCCCUCGUCGGACACCUCGUCGGGGACGCGUACGGUUGCGGGGCGCUCCGUUGCGAGGCCGGAGACGGCCGCGUCUCCGUCGACCCGCUGGAAGGAUAAGACAGAUCAGUAGAAACUUUCCUGGGGGUAUGCAGGGGCUCUACCGAGCCAUGAGGAGACGAGACGAGAACAGUGCCGCGAGGGUCAUCGGCCAAAUCCUCGGCUCAAAUGCCUAACUAGACAAUUUUACUAUCCUCACUUUCUGUUAUACUAAUUAUGUAUUUGUGUUACGUUUAUGAGAUGAAAUAAUUGAUGAUAAUUUCAUUUCAGAAAGAAUUUACGAUGCAGUGGCAAUUGGAACAUAGUGAGAAGGUUCAUAUGCUUUGUUUUUGUUUAAUAUCAAGAAGGUUCAUCUGUGAAAAAUUAGUCCUCAUGAAGUCCUCUUCUAAUGAACUAGUACGCAGAUACGAUAAGACAAAAUGGUACAGUAAGUCUCUUAAGACAAAAGCAGUACAGGAUUAGUUAUUGGCAUUGCUACAUGUUGUAUAUCGGUACAUUGUAUUUGCCGUGACACAACGUAAUGUUCUCCAGAGCAUCGAUCUAACGUCGGUCUGUAUAAAACGCAGUAUGAUAAAAACCCGACGUUUGAAAUUAUAUUUUCUCAUGUUUAAAUCUGUUACCAUUUUUUCAAAGUAAAAAAAUGCUUUGCAAUUGUUGCCAACACGUGCUAUAUUCAAUGCACUGUACAGCUGUUGUGCAAUAAAGUUUGCUUGUCUCGAGUCGAGACGACUGCCCAUGUG